AAGUGAAAGAUUGCCGGAGCUAAUUUUGGAGAUUAUGCCCAAAGCGAAACAAGUCAAAUGUCCCUGACUGCCGAUUGACAUUCAAAUAGAAAGUAAACCUUUCAGCGAUGGAAGGGCUGAUCCCUGUAAUCAACAAACUGCAAGAUGUGUUUAACACUGUUGGUUCAGAGACGAUUCAGCUUCCACAAAUUGUUGUGAUAGGCAAUCAGAGUUCAGGAAAAAGUUCUGUGAUUGAAGGAUUAGUUGGGAAAGAUUUUUUACCAAGAGGAACUGGCAUUGUUACAAGACGUCCUCUUAUUCUACAACUGAUACAUGUCAGUAAAAAUGAUACAGAAACAAGAUUCCAGGAAGGAAGUGGAGAUGCGAUAAAAGCAGAAGAAUGGGCCAAGUUUCUUCACACAAAGAACAAAAUUUACACAGAUUUUGAUGAAGUUCGAAAGGAAAUAGAGAAUGAGACCGAUAGAAUGGGUGGAACUAAUAAGGGAGUUUGUCCAGAGCCUAUAAGUUUAAAGGUAUUUUCAUCAAAGGUUGUAAACUUGACAUUAGUUGACCUCCCAGGAUUGACUAAGGUUCCUGUUGGAGAUCAGCCAGAGGACAUUGAGGACCAGAUUAUAGAGAUGAGUCAUAAAUACAUCAGCAAUCCCAACUCUAUUAUACUAGCAGUGACAGCAGCUAAUACAGAUAUGGCUACUUCAGAGUCAUUAAAACUUGCAAAAGAUAUGGAUCCAGAUGGUCGCAGAACUUUAGCAGUAGUAACCAAAUUAGAUUUGAUGGAUCAUGGAACAGAUGCAAUGGAAGCUUUAUGUGGUCGUGUCAUUCCUGUUAAACUUGGUAUUAUCGGUGUUGUCAACAGAAGUCAAGCUGACAUCAAUCAUAGAAAGGAAAUGAAAGAUGCUUUGACAGAUGAGGCAUCAUACCUGCAAAGAAAAUAUCCAUCCAUAGCAAAUAGAAAUGGUACAUUAUUCUUAGCUAAGACUCUUAACAGGUUAUUGAUGCAUCACAUUAGGGACUGUUUGCCAGAAUUAAAGACAAGAGUAAAUGUAUUGAUUGCCCAGUUCCAGUCACUACUCAAUUCAUUUGGUGAACCAGUUGAUGACAAAAGUCAGUUGUUACUACAGAUUAUCACAAGAUUUGCAGCAGCUUACUGUAAUACCAUAGAGGGAACAGCUAAAAAUAUUGAAACCACAGAAUUAUGUGGAGGAGCAAGGAUCUGUUACAUCUUUCAUGAAACUUUUGGUAGAACAUUAGAAUCAGUAGAUCCCACAGGGGGCCUCACAACUUUUGAUAUUCUGACAGCUAUAAGGAAUGCUACAGGACCACGACCUGCAUUGUUUGUGCCUGAAAUAUCCUUUGAACUGUUGGUAAAGCGACAAAUGAAACGAUUAGAAGAACCAAGUUUACGUUGUAUAGAAUUAGUUCAUGAAGAAAUGCAAAGAAUUAUACAACAUUGUGGAACACAGCAAGAGAUGCUUCGAUUUCCAAAGUUACAUGAGAAAAUUGUAGAUGUAGUCACAAAUCUUUUACGAAGAAGAUUACCUCCAACUAACACAAUGGUAGAAAAUUUGAUGUCCAUUGAGUUAGCCUAUAUAAAUACAAAACAUCCAGACUUUACAGAAGCACACUUAAUACAUAAAGCAUUGUCAGAAGGCAAUAGUUUAGGUCAUUCCUUUGACCAUCAUAGAUCUAUCGAACAAAAUAGAGUGCAAGAUUCUAGACCAAAGCAGAGUGCACAUGAAGCGGUAACAACCAAAGGAUGGAAGUUAGGUUUUGGAAGAUCUGAUGCUGAUAGUACAUCAGAACAGGGAUCCAAACCAGGAAGUGCUUCUAGUAGUGUAGUUAAUUCACCAGCACAUUCUAGGAAGGGUAUUAAUUUACUUGAUAAUGUGCCAAAUCAACAAACAACAAGGAAACUUUCCCAAAGAGAACAGAGGGACUGUGAUGUAAUAGAGAGAUUAAUAAACAGUUAUUUCCUAAUAGUCAAAAAGAAUAUACAAGAUAAUGUUCCAAAAGCUAUCAUGCAUUUCUUGGUAAACCAUGUGAAAGACAAUUUACAAAGUGAAUUAGUUAGUCAAUUAUACAAGAAAGAAGAAAUAGAUUAUUUAUUAGAGGAAUCAGAACACAUGGCUGCUAGGAGAAAAGAGGCACAAGAAAUGACACAAGCAUUACAGAGAGCUAGUCAUAUAAUCGGAGAAAUACGAGAAACUCAUCUGUGGUGAAUUAUGAAUAUUGUAUACUAAGCCCCUGACUUCAUGUAUUAACUUGCAACAAGAAUUACAACAAUAACAGAUAUGGGUCCAGUUAUAUGUUUGAAGAGUGUUGUAAAUGUUGAAUCUGAAUGUUGUAUUUUGUGGAAUAUUUAAUUUUACAUAUUAAUGAUUCUAAUGGACAGCUAGUUAGGAGAUUAAUGUUAUUUAAUAUUUGCAAGCUUUAAAUCAUAGAUUUGAGGUUACUGUCCACAUGUUUAAUUAUUGAAAAUAUGACAAUUAACCAACUUCUAAAUGAUAAAUAGAAAUGAGGGCAAACCAUUGCAGAAUACUCCUGUGGUAUUACAUUGUGUCAUGAAAUUUAUACAAUGAACUAGUGAACAAUGUCCAGCCAGAAUUUGCAUUACAAAUCCCAUUUUAUUUAAUUUUGUAUAUCCCAAUGCUUUGUAAUUGUGAUUACCAUUAAUGUGGCUAUUAUAAGGAUGUUUUACAAAUGAUCUGAUGUUAGGGUUAGCUUGAUGCGUGUAUGAACUAAACAAGGGAGAUAAAUUCAUAAUUUUCUAAAUAAAUUGAUAAUUUUUGCAUCAUGACAUACAAUUUACACUUGCUGGCUUGUCUUUAAUUUUGCGUUAAGGUCCCAAGUGGUAGUAUUUUUGUUGUCAUAUAGACCAUCUUGUUUUCAUUAUUCUGAGUUCAUCUGGCUUUUUUGAAUUAAUAGAAAAUUUUGCCAGUAACCCAUACUUUUCUUUUCAUAAUUUCAUUUGAUACAUUAUAAACUACGUUCCUUUAAAAUCUUGUAAUUUCUCAAAAUUUCUCAAAAGAUUUCAACAAUGAAAACAUCCUAAUACAAAGUAUGUGAAAAAUUAAGAUAACUCCUGUUUUCCUGUCAAAUUUGUAUAUGCUUAAAUCUUGAAAAAAAAAGCAUAUGGACAUAUUUUUUUCUGGCCUAUGGCCCUUAAUAUUAGGUAUUUAGGUAUUUAGGCAAUUAUCUUUUUUACCAUUAUAGAAAAUAUUUCCUUAAAGUUGGGUCUGUGUAUUUGUGUGCUGUAUUUGAUUGACCAAGUGUCACAAGAGCAUGGAUGCAAUUAUGCUAGUAAAUUUUGUGCUGUAAAAAUUAAAAGUGCUAUUUUUAUGAUUGAGUUUUUUUUAACAUAUUUGCUAAUUGUACUACUGUAAUAUUCAAAAUUAGUACUAAGUUCAGAAUUAUUUUGUUUUGAUGAAGAAAUGUUAUGCUUAAUUUGUAUAACAUGAAUAAAUUAUCUAUUUAUCACUAAAUACAAGACAAACAUAAUAAAUAAGAAUAAUGAAUAUACCUCUACAAAUGUAGCAAUACUAAUUGUAUCUUCUAAGACCUCAAAUUAGUGUCUGUAAUUAUUCAGACAGGUUAGAUAUAGCUAGUAGUCCAUAAACCUUGGAAUUACCUUUAUUUAGACAAGAACUAACAAUACUUAAUAUGUAGUGAUAUUGGUUUUGAAAAAAUAACCAAAAUUGACUACUCUGGUUUCUGAAGUAUUUGCUAUUACUAAUGGAUAUUAUUAGUGGUAAAUUGUACUGUAUUAUAAAAUACUAACAGCUAUAAAUCGUUUUAUCAUAUUCUAUGACAUUUUGUUCAUAAAAUUCCAAAAAACCAUUGUACGUAAAUAUUUAUGCAUUAGAUAUUCAUAUAACAGUUGUAUCCAUAAUAGGUGUUGUCAAUUUUUUGCAUAAAAGUCCUAGAAUAAGAGUUGUCAGGGAAAAUAAAAUAACUACACCACCAAAAAUACAUGUAUGGUACCCAGUGCCUGAUUUCAUUUCUGAAAUGAAUAUGAGUAAAAAUGUUUGUGUAUGAUAAAAAUUUCCAUUAGAACUUAUUAUUGUACAUAAACAAUUCAGCAUUACAUUUAGAAAUACACCUAUAUAUCAUAUGUCAGAUUGGUUGUCAUCUUUUAUUAACCUUUUAGUAUUAAGAUUGCAUAAUCUAAACAGGAAAACAUAUUAGCUAUAUUUCUUUUGACAAUCUAUGUGUAUUCUUCUUUCCUUUUUUGGUUUUUGGUGCAUUAUUUUGUAAUUAUUCAUUAUUCAUAACACUGACAUUUUCUGUCCUGCUUUUAGUAAGGAAGCAAACUAGAAUUAUGAAAUUUCCUAAACUGUUGCUAAAUGAUUAUUUUUGAUUUGUCAAUUUGUUCUUCUAGUCCUUAAGAACUUUUUUUAUAUAUUUCUUCUGUGAUUAUCUAUGAAAAUUGAAUUUUUAGAUAGGCUUCUUUUUUUGUUUAUACAGAUUCAGUAUGUUGGUUUUCAAAUGUAAAUUGAUAUGCUAUUUUCAGAUUUGUAUUUCUCUUCAAGUUAAACAGAUUACUGCUUUCUGUACUUUCUUUCUGAAUACAAGGAAUGUAUAUGAGUUUUUGAAUUAAUUUAAAUCUGUUAAAUCUGUAUAUAUUCAUGUGUUUUUGAUGUACAAUGUAGAUAUGUAUACACAUCUUUUCCACACCGGUAAUGUACAUCUGAAAAUAAAAUUUUAAGAUUUA